GCAAUAUUAUGUCUUUAGACUUCUGCAUUAAUAAGAACUAGAAUAGCAAUAAAAGUCUGAAGUUUCUUGGCUGCUUGAUUAGUGCCCAGUCUUGGAAAUGUAAGGUAAUGCUACAGAUUGGCAUUCUCAGGCUGAUAGUGUGUGUGUGCUUUUUUCAAUAGUAAUCUGUGAAAAGUGCUUUUCUUUGUCUUUUGUUUGGAACUCAGUACAUUUCUUUAAGGGCUCUUUGAAUGUCCUUUCCUGGUAUUUGAGUACUCAUGGCUUUUAAGUUAGGUUAGAAUUUAAAAAUCAAAUUAUUCUAGCUAGGAUGUCACUGCUGUGUCAGAUGAGCUUCAAAGUUCACAUCAUGUUAAAAAAAAUCACAAAAGAAUAUAAAAAAAAAAAUUAAAAUUGAAAGUUCAUGGGUGGCUCAAACACUUUUUUUCAAAAUGCGCGUGCACACACACAUGCCUGUGACUUUUCCUUAGGAGAUUUUCAAAUUUCACAAAGUGCCUUCUAACAAUCAUUCUUGGGAAAUUUAACUAUGCAGUUCCCUGCGAGUAACACUUUAAUACCUGGCUUGAACACCUCCUCAGGGUUCUGUAGUGUUUACCUUGCCUAAUGGCUAUAAAAUCUAUAUUCUUUUGGAAGGGUGGAUUGUUCUGCACUUCUUGCCAGGGAAUGAAAUCGCAAAGUUUCUUUGAGGACAGACUGUCCUAGGAGACUUUCAUGUAUUCUGAGCAAUUGCAUUAUGAAUGUUGCAGAGGGAUAAUUCGAAUUACAGAAAUGCAAUAAAUGUGUAGAUUAAGAUUCUACUUUUUUAUUAUAUCGAGUAUCUUUGCUGAAUGUUUGGUUGUAAUGCACCUUUGACAGAUCAAUGUAAAUGCGAUUUAACUUAAACCUUUGUGAGCAUUUGCUUUUGAAAUAGAAAAGUCCAUAUUCAUUCUCUGUUUUAAAUAUUUUAAUUUUUCUUUCAGAUUACUCUUUACAUCUGUAGAAAUGGACAACAGCAGUUUCAUUCAGUUUGAUGUGCCGGAGUACAGCAACACUGUUCUGAGUCAGUUAAACGAACUGCGCUUGCAAGGGAAGCUCUGUGACAUAAUUGUGCACAUUCAGGGCCAGCCGUUCCGCGCCCAUAAAGCUGUCCUAGCUGCCAGCUCUCCAUAUUUCCGUGACCAUUCAGCAUUAAGCACCAUGAGUGGCCUAUCUAUAUCAGUUAUUAAAAACCCCAAUGUUUUUGAACAGUUGCUUUCUUUUUGUUACACUGGGAGGAUGUCCUUGCAACUGAAGGAUGUUGUCAGUUUUCUGACUGCGGCUAGCUUCCUGCAGAUGCAGUGCGUCAUUGACAAGUGCACGCAGAUACUGGAGAGUAUCCAUUCAAAGAUCAGUGUUGGUGAUGUUGAUUCUGUCACUGUUGGUGCCGAAGAAAAUCCAGAGAAUCGCAAUGGCGUUAAAGACAGCAGCUACUUUGCCAACCCUAUUGAGAUAUCUCCUCCCUAUUGCUCUCAGGUGCGACAGUCAACAGCAGGCAGUGAUCUUCGGGUGGAAACCACUCCAGGCAAAACUCUUCGUGGUCGUCUGCAAGAAGAAGGGCAUUCAGACCGAGGGAGCAGCGGGAGUAUCUCUGAAUAUGAGAUUCAGAUUGAAGGUGAUCAUGAGCAAGGAGACCUGAUAGUGAGGGAAAGUCAGAUUGCAGAGGUGAAAGUUAAGAUGGAAAAGUCUGACAGGCCAAGCUGCUCUGAUAGCUCUUCCCUUGGUGAUGAUGGAUAUCACACUGAAAUGGUGGAUGGAGAGCAGGUGGUGGCAGUAAACGUUGGUUCCUAUGGGUCUGUCUUACAACAUGUUUAUUCAUUUACCCAUGCCUCAUCACAGGCUACCGGUGUGUCAGAAGCCUUUGGAAACCUGAGCAAUACAAGUCCUUCAAGGUCCAUGCUGAGCUGUUUCAGAGGGGGUCGUGCACGCCAAAAACGAGUACCUGCAGGUCACUUGCACGGUGAUGUCCAGGGCUUGGGGCCAGGGGCUGACAGUGAAUCCAUGGGUACACUAAACCAGCACUUGCGAAAAAACCACCCGGGGGUUACAGAAGUGAGAAACAGGGUUGAGUCUCCAGACAGAACAGAAGCAUUUGUGGAACAGAAAGUAGAUAAUGAUGCUUCAGCCUCAGAAGCCAUGGAUUCUAGUAUGGAAAUUCAUGCAAUGUCUAACACAUCUGAUUAAAAUCUUACAUCUAGGUGAAACACAGACAAGCACAUUACUAAUGUAUUUUUAAAGUAUUUUAUUAUUUUGAUGAUCUUCAGUACAAGUGUAACAACAGCCUUUUAAUUUUCCUGACUUUCUGGAAAUCAGUUAGAAAUGGUUUCUGGAGAAGAUUUCAGAAGUAUUCUCUGUUCUUUAUUCAGAAGUUUUUGAAGGAGGCUGAAUUGUUUGGAGUUUGUUUCUUUAUAUUUGAAGAUGCUCAGAAUAUAAAGACAGUGUACUUGGGAAAGGCUAGGAAGAGUCUUCUGAAGUGUCCCUGCUGAUUGAUCUGGUGAGACACAAAUGCCAGUGCAGAAGGAUGUUAGAAUAAGAUUGGCAGCUCUGCUGAAUGCUCAACGAAGCUGUAAUUUCCUUUAUUUCUUAAAUCCUGUUGCUGGUAAUGUGUUACACAGCCGUGGGGAGAGAGAAUAUUACAGCUUUGAUUCCUCUUCUGUCACAAUGAAAUCUGUUCACUCUUACUAACUGGUUUUGGUAGUGAGUCUGUUUAUAUAUAUAAAUUUGCUUUAUAUAUAUAAAGUGCUUUCACUUUCCUUGUUCUGGUUGAGGUGAAUGUAGAAGUAUGUCAAGGCUAAUACCAUAUGCCACUCUAUCAACUAUUAGGACCCCUCUCUGCUUAGGGUUUAUAACUUUGGAUUUUGGGAGGAUGGUUUUGGUUUUAAAUGAAUGUUGUUUGGUUUUCAUUUUAUUAAACUAUUUAUGUGCAAAAGUGAGCAAAGUGAAUUAUCUUGUUUUAAUAGCUUUGCUUUAUGACAUAUGUAAACCAAAUGCCAUAAAUAUAUUAAACUAUGGUUAAAUUGUUGAAAGGUUUUGUUAGUUGUCUAGAAUGCAAGCUGGACAACCUGUGGUGCUGACCUUUUUAUAUAUAUAGAGAUAGAUAUAUCUAUAUAUAUAUAUAUAUAUAUAUAGAUAUACACACACACACACACACACAUAUAUAUAUAUAUAUAUAUAUAAAAUAUUAGCAAACCUAAAAGUAGCAUUGUGGUCUAAAAUGUGUUUUUACUGGCCUCAGAAUCUACCUUCAUUUUGUACUGUAGAACCAUACCAGGUAAUUAAACUUAACUUCAUCACUCUUCAUGGCUUUUAAAACAUGGGAGAGAUGUCGUUUAAACCACAGUAUUUUCAAGCAGUAUUUUAAUAAGUCUCUUCACAGAGAGCUGUUUUCAGGUGCACGUUGACUUCCUACUUAAAUCUCCAAGUGAUAUGCCAGCACUUGGAAUUUGUACUUUUUUUGUAUAGAAAAACAAAUACUCUAUGGGAAUUUUUGAGCAAUAUGUUAUUUCAUGUGUGAGUAUUACAGAGUUGCUAUGGCUUCUCUGUUUUUUCAGUGGUUUUUUUUCUCUUUAAAGGAGCUACCAAGAACUUUAAAAAUACUCUAAAUCUUUUUUGUUUCACAAAAUACAUGUUUUCAGUAUGGUGCUAACUUCAUAAUUUAGGUCAGUAUAACAUAGAAAAUGUGAAUCAUAAUCAUAAUGGUCAAGAAAAAAAAAAUCCUCAACAAGAGACAACAAAUUCCCCCCCUACUCAAACCACCCCCCAACCCCAAAUAAACAAACAAACAAAAAAAGAAAAA